UAUAGAUUUAACAUUAUACACUAACAUAGCCUGUUGGCUCAUAAUAUUCCUUCUUCCUUGUUCUUAUUUUCUUCUCGUUUUACAAUAAUGUUUGAUGAUAUUUCUUUCAAUGAUCUCCAAAUUACAGUUGCAACCCUUCUAGCUUUUUCUCUAUCAAUCAUUGUAUGGACAAGAAGUUGGAAAAGUACAAAACUGCCCCCGGAAAUCCCUGGAUCAUGGCCAAUCAUAGGCCAUCUCCGAGGUUUUGGUGAUGGCGAAAAUGUCCCUCUAGCGCGAACAUUUGGAAAAUUAUCUGACCAGUAUGGUCCAAUAUUCACUAUUAAGUUAGGUAUGUUUCGGUAUUGUGUGAUCAAUAAUUGGGAGGCAGCGAAAGAUUGCUUCACAAUUAAUGAUAAAGAACUCGCUGCUAGACCUAUUAGUCUAGCAGCAGAACAUUAUGGUUAUAAUUACGCGAGAUUCUCUAUGGCUAAUUAUGGACCAUAUUAUCGUCAAGUGCGAAAACUCGUAUUACAAAGUGUUCUUUCUAGUACUAGGCUCGAAAAGGUCAAACAUGUACGAAUUUCCGAGGUGGAAAUUAGCAUCAAAGAGCUGUAUCGUUCUUGUGGUAAUGGUGAAAAUUCAAACGCGAUUAAUAUCAGUAAAUGGUUCGAGAAAUUAACUCUCAAUAUAAUCGUGCAAAUGGUUGCUGGCAAGAGAUACGUAUCUUUGGAGAAAGAUGAAGAGGCGCAAUGUUUUAGAAGGGCUUUUGCUAAGAUAAUGUAUCUUGCUGGGAAAUUUAUUUUAUACGACGCGAUUCCAUUCCAGAUUUUCAAAUAUGUGGAUUUUCAAGGACAUAUCAAGACAAUGAAGCAAAUAUACAAGGACUUGGAUAACAUUCUUCAAAAUUGGUUAAAUGAACAUAUGGAGAAAAAGAAAAUUGAAGGUGAUGAUAAUGAACAAGAUUGUAUAGAUGCAAUGCUUUUAGUGACAAAACCUGAAAUGUUCAAAGCAUAUGGUUAUUCAAGGGAAACAGUUAUCAAGGCUACAGUAUUGAGCAUGAUAUUGGAUGGUUCAGAUACAACUGCGGUUCACUUAACAUGGAUAAUAUCCUUGUUAUUGAACAAUCCUCGCGUCAUGAAACAUGCCCAAGAAGAAAUAGACAACAAAGUUGGUAAAAAUAGAUGGAUAGAAGAAUCUGAUAUCAAAGAUCUCGUCUAUCUCCAGGCUAUUGUUAAAGAAGCGUUACGCUUAUAUCCACCAGCACCUUUGUUAGUCCCGCACGAAGCAGUGGAAGACUGUAUCGUGGCAGGGUACAACAUCCCAAAGGGUACACGUUUGUUCCCUAAUGCAUGGAAGAUACAACGAGAUCCUAGAAUUUAUUCAGAGCCAGAUAAGUUUAUGCCAGAGAGGUUCUUGAAUGAACACUUAAAUGUGGAUGCACGUGGUCAGCAUUUUGAGUUCAUCCCAUUCGGUUCUGGAAGACGAUCUUGUCCUGGAAUUAAUUUUGCGACUCAAGUGGCGCACCUCAUAAUUGGUCGAUUAAUUCAAGGAUUUAACUUUGAUACACCAUCAAAUUUGCCUGUGGAUAUGAGUGAAGGUCAAGGGAUUACUAUGCCUAAAGCAAAAUCUGUGGAUGUUGUAAUCACCCCACGUUUGAAUUCUACGCUUUAUGAACUUUAAUGUCAAAAAUCGAUUUCUUGAAGGUCGAUUUUUUUUUUCCUUUUUUCUUAAUUAAGGCCAGUUUUAUUGUUUUUUUAGUAGUGACUAAAGCUUCGAAAGAAUCUUUUGGCCAUUGAAAUAAGAAAAUUAAGAGCCACUUUUUUCAAACUUUAUGACUAGUAAUGUUUAAAACAACUGUACUAUUAGUUCGAAC